AUGUUCGAGAUUGACCUCGCAAAUCUUUCCCGAUUCGAUAAUCCCGGUACGCCGUAUAGCGUGCUACCAACAGGCGAGAAAAUCUUCGUGAUCAUUGCAGGCUCUUUUGCGGCCCUGAUAUCGCCACUUUCAAGCAGCAUCUACCUUCCGGCACUCGAUUCGCUAGCGCGUGAUAUGGACGUCUCGGUUUCAUUGAUAAAUUUGACCAUCACGACUUACUUGAUAUUCCAAGGGCUGGCACCAUCUUUCUUGGGAAGUUUCUCUGAUGGCAAUGGACGCCGACCGGCCUAUAUCAUCGCGUUCGUGAUUUACCUGGGAGCAAACAUUGGCCUCGCACUUCAGAAUAGUUACUCGGCUCUCAUGGUUCUUCGGUGCCUUCAAUCCGCAGGAAGCAGUGGCACGAUCGCGCUCGGAAGUGCUGUCGUUGCGGAUCUGACGACUCGAGCAGAGCGUGGAAAGUACAUUGGUUAUGCGGGCAUGGGAAUCGCCCUGGGCCCAGCACUCGGACCUGUCAUUGGUGGCCUGCUCAACCAUUUUCUGGGAUGGAGAGCUAUCUUUUGGUUUUUGGUCAUACUCUCGGGGUCGUGUUUUAUUAUUACGCUCAUCGUCUUCCCAGAGACCUGCCGGGCUGUGGUAGGAAAUGGGUCAGUGAUUCCACCCCGAUGGAACUGGCCUUUCUGGGCCUUCAUUAUACCCCAAUCUCGCUUCCGAGGGGCCGAACAUGUUCCAGAUCCAGCUUCUGUUCAGGUGCUCAAACAUCGCCCGAACCCGAUUUCUUCUUUGCGCAUCGCUACCCAGCGAGAGGCUGGAUUGAUUCUGCUCUAUGGCGGCCUGUUGUUUUCAGGAUACAUGGCGGUAUUGAGUACAUUGAGCACGCAGCUGAGCACUCGUUUUGGGUUCAACUCAAUCCAGGUCGGACUUUGCUAUCUGCCGCUUGGAAUGGGGAGUAUCAGCUCCCGGUUCACGGUCGGUAAGCUCCUCGAUUGGAACUUUCGACGUGAGGCACGCAUCCAAGGCAUGGCUAUUCAGAAAAAUCGACAGCAAGAUAUUGAUAAAUUCAAUAUAGAGAGAGCUCGGCUGAUGAUUUCCAUUCCCAUGAUAUACCUUGCAUCUCUUUGCAUCCUUGCUUAUGGUUGGGUGAUGGAAUUCCGCACGGCCCUGGCGGGUCCUAUGGUGAUGCUCUUUUUCACCGGUAUGGCUACCACAGGUGCAUUCAACGCACUUAGCACAUUGAUUGUGGAUAUCAAUCACCAUAGUGCAGCUACAGCAGUCGCAGCUAACAAUCUCUGCCGUUGUCUGAUGGGUGCCGCGACCACGGCCUUCGUAUCACCCCUAAUCGAAGCCAUCGGCUUGGGAUGGACGGCUACUUUGAUUGCUGGACUAUGGGUUCUUUUCAGCCCUAUGCUAUGGUUGGUUUAUCACCGAGGACACAGUUGGAGGCAAAAGGCAGAUCUAAAGAAGCACCAGAAAGCUGAAACUGGCAGACUGUGA